AUGACAGCAUCAAUUGGUACAGCUGAAGGUAAAUCACUGCGACCACGUGCUCCGACGGUGAAAAGCAUUUCCGGCAGCAUCGCAGAGAAAAAAGACGAAAAGGUGCCGGAACAGGAGACUUCAUGGAGAUCUAUCUACCUUUUGACGGCUAUCUGCAUGUUUUGUGGUGUUCAAUUUUCUAUAUUCUUCCCUACAUUAUGGCCAUUUCUUAAUCAGGUGGAUCCGACGGCUUCGGAGACGUUCUUUGGUAUUAUCACUGCCGCAUUCUCAGUCGGUCAAGGUCUUGCAUCACCGGCUUUUGGAUUUUGGAUGAAUCGCUCUAGAUCUGUGCGUCAACCGCUUACCUGUGGAAUUAUAAUCAUGAUUAUCUCGAAUAUCAUUUUCUGUUUCGUGGAAGCAUUCAAACAAAAAGAACGUCGUUGGGUUAUGAUGGUAGCAAGGUUCUUCAUUGGUAUUGGAGCCGGUACAGUAGGCGUAAUGCGGGCCUAUGCGUCUACCGCCAGCAGCCUGAAGGAUCGCGCCCGUGCUAUCACAUUCAUCCAAGCCAGUUAUGUCAUCGGCAUGACAAUUGGACCUGGUAUUCCUGUUGCCUUUGCCCCUCUCAAAUUUCCCGGCUACGUAUUCGGGCCACUCCACCUGGACAUGUACACUGCACCGGCAUGGUUUGCUACGUUCAUCUGUAUUCUUUCGUUGGUUUUGCUUCUGCUUUUACUCGAAGAAAGCUAUGUCGGCGUGCAAGAAGUCGAUCGCGGUGAGGUUGACUACAAUCCAUUGCCGAAGUUCGAUGUGAUUGCUGUCUCUGUAUGUGUUGUCACUCAAUUCACACUUAUGUUCAUCAUUACGAACCUGGAAACGGUCGGAUCGAUGUAUGCAAUGGCGAUGUGGAGUUGGGACUCGCACGAAGCUGUCGUCAAAAUCGGUAUUUUCCUUUGGCUGUUUUCGAAUUAUCUACGGCGACGACCAUAUAAACGGCAUCUUUUGAGUGAAUUCGAAGUUUUCCAUCCGAAGUAG